ACGUGACUGCAGCAGGUCCGCCAAGAUGGCUGCCUCCUGCGUGGCCCUGCUAGCACUGUCUCUGUUUCUGCCGCUGGUGCUGAUGAGUGUGUGGAAGCGCUGGUGUCGGGAGCGCACUGCCCGGCAUGUGAUCGUUGUGGUGCUGGGCGAUGUGGGCCGUAGCCCCCGAAUGCAGUACCACGCGCUGUCGUUGGCCAAGCACGGCUUCUCAGUGACCUUCCUGGGCUUCUGCAACUCCAAACCCCACGAUGAGGUCUUGCGGAACAACAGAAUUCGGAUUGUGCCUUUGACAGAACUUCAGAGAUUUACAGUUGGGCCGCACAUUCUUCAGUAUGGAAUCAAAGUUGUAUUUCAGGCGGUGCACUUACUGUGGAAGUUGAUGUGCAGGGAGCCAGCAGCCUACAUCUUUCUCCAGAACCCCCCGGGCCUGCCUGCCAUUGCCGUCUGCUGGUUUGUGGGCUGCCUCUGUGGGAGCAAACUUGUCAUCGACUGGCACAAUUACGGCUACUCCAUUAUGGGUCUGGUGCAUGGCCCCAGCCACUGCCUCGUUCUGCUGGCCAAGUGGUACGAGAAGCUUUUUGGGCGCCUGGCCCAUCUGCACCUGUGUGUAACCAAUGCGAUGCAGGAAGACCUGGCAGAGAACUGGGGCAUCAAAGCUGUGACUGUCUAUGACAAGCCAGCAUCUUUUUUUAAAGAGAUGCCCUUGGACCUGCAACACCGGCUCUUUAUGAAGCUGGGCCACACCUACUCUGCGUUCAGGACCAGCUCAGAACCCUCAGACCUGGCCACGGAGAGGUCUGCCUUCACGGAGUGGGAUGCUGGGAGCAGGAUGGUGACACGUCUUCGUGGGCGGCCGGCCUUGUUGGUCAGCAGCACGAGCUGGACAGAGGAUGAAGACUUCUCCAUCUUGCUGGAAGCAUUAGAAAAGUUUGAACAGCUGAUCCUGGAUGGAGAAAGCCUUCCCUCUCUGGUCUGUGUGAUAACAGGCAAAGGGCCUCUGAAGGACUAUUAUAGCCGCCUCAUCGGCCAGAAGCAUUUCCAGCACAUCCAGGUCUGUACCCCAUGGCUGCAGGCUGAGGACUACCCUCUGCUUUUAGGGUCAGCAGACCUGGGUGUCUCCCUGCACAAGUCCUCCAGUGGCCUGGACCUGCCCAUGAAGGUGGUGGAUAUGUUCGGGUGCUGCCUGCCCGCGUGCGCCGUGAACUUCCAGUGCUUACAUGAGCUUGUGAAACAUGGGGAAAACGGCCUGGUCUUCGAGGACUCGGAGGAACUGGCGGCUCAGCUGCAGAUGCUUUUGUCAAAGUUUCCUGAUCCUGCUGGCAAGCUGAACCAGUUCCGGAAGAACCUCCGGGAGUCUGAGCAGCUUCGUUGGGACGAGAGCUGGAUGCAGACGGUUCUCCCUUUGCUUAUGGACACAUGACUCCCCCCACCCCCAGCAUGUCUUGAUGCUGGAGGUCAUGUAGGAGACUGUCAUAAUGCUGUGAAACCCUCCCUGCUCUUUUCACCUCCCCCCAGAAGCCUGGCCCACUUCCCUCCUCUAGCCUCUUUUAGCUGCUGCCCAGUCCCUGGAUACUCUUUAGAGCAGCGCCUCCCAGUGGACAGAAGCUGAAAGGACAGCAGCAGGGCCAACCUACAGAAUGAAGUUAUUUUAAUGAAGAGUUUGUGGCCCAGGAAACUGGUUCAGCCUGGUUUCUUCUUUGGAGGCCCUGAAUCACUUCUUUUUAACCCUCUUCUUUGAGUCUUUUCUUCCUCCCAAUUUAUUACUUUUCUGUUAUUUGCCUGGGCCUCUUCAACAUCUCUUUGUCCCUGCUUUUGUCUACUGGUAACUGCUUUUCCCAGCAUCUGCUCUUUCGACUUCCUAGUAUUUUGAUCUCUGCCUUAAAUACAGGCACCGCAGCCCACUGCACUGUAAGAGCAGAGAUGUGUCACGCGUAUUAUGGGCUUAGCUUUGUGAAGGAUGUUUGUCCAGGAUGGAGAGAAAACAUAAUAUGUUUUCAUUUGCACAAAUGAAAUGCUUAUCUGAGCCAAAAUUUUCAUUUCUGACUUACGGUGAUUUGCUUAAGAACCAGAACUGUUGACAGAAAGGGGCACCCACGCACUUGAACAGUUUUUUAUUUUGUUAGAACAGUCUGUGGUUCCUGACUUGGAAUUUAACAUCCUUCAAACAUUCAAGUCCAAUGAAAGUUUUAUCAGCUUUCCCACAUAAAAAUUCCUUCUGGGACAGGGAUUUGAUUUUCAUGGUGAUCUUCAAAGACGUGUAUGAACCUACAGUGUUAGUUUCAGAAUCACUGUCUCUGAGUGCUCUUCAUAAGGAAACAGUUUCUGGUCGUGGCGAGGCACGGCUUCCCAUGGGAUCCCAACGUGGCCUGGAAACAGAGCAUAUGUAUCUCAGGAUGGCGGAGUUUGGGGACAGGAUGUUAUCCCAUCAAUAUGGGACAAACUUGGAGGUGGGGUGUAGGGGUACAAACCACAAAUUUCCAGGCCCCAUCCACACACCUAGAAUCAGCCUCCAGAAGUGGGAUCAGGAACGACAGCCACAUUUGCCACCUCUGCCCACCCGGCCAUGCCCAUCCCUGGUAGGUCACAGCCUGUCUGGGUUCCCUGUUGCUCUCUGUACCUGUCCUCCACCCUGUCACUGAGUUUAGCUUGGGAAGAGCCAAGAUUUGAACCUGCUGUGCGUGACUGCUCAGCCUGGACCUCCCCACAAAGGCUGGACACACAUCUGAAAGGGCUCCUGCCUUUUUCAUGAGUGCAGAUGUCUGAAGAGCUGUUGGCGAGGAUCUUUUUGUCAUCACAGAUUUUUGAUGAAUGAAAAAGCUAACAAUUAUAAAAAUGAUAUGUGACAGAAGUAUAGAAGUGUCUAUAAUUCUGCUGUCCAAGUAUAACCUAACUAGUGUAUAUUCCAGAUUUCCCCCCAUAUGAAUAACAUGAAGAUGGUUAUUUUUUUAAAUAAAAAUGUGCUUAUACUAUCUAUA